GCGUAGAUUCGUUCAAGGCCCAUUGGCGGAGAAACCCAUACACUCAACCCAAAAUCUCCUUAUAAACUCUCUCAAACCGCUCUCUCCUUUCACUCACCAAACACAGAUUCGGUCACUCUCUCUUCUUCAAGAGUGUGAGAUGGCAGCAACAUCAGCAACUACCUUUUCAGUUGGAUCGGCAAUCUCCUUUGGCCCCAAAGCGAGCCAACUUCCACAUUCAAAGCCCUUUGGUGUGCGUUUCAACUCCAAGAAUUCACUUGCAAAUUUCAGUGGUCUCAAGGCAGCAACAUUUGUGAGCUGUGAAUCAGAGACCUCUUUCAUGAGCAAGGAGACUGCUCAAGCACUUCGAAGCUCUUUUGCACGAAAAGCCCAAAAACCCAACCAGACUCAGUAUGGCCUACAGCCCCAGGCUUCAUUCAAAGUGGCAAUUCUUGGAGCCGCUGGAGGGAUCGGUCAACCCUUGGCACUUCUUGUCAAGAUGUCUCCAUUAGUGUCAGCCUUGCAUCUCUAUGAUAUAGCAAAUGUCAAGGGAGUUGCUGCCGAUCUCAGUCACUGCAAUACUCCCUCUCAAGUUCUGGAUUAUACAGGAGCUUCUGAAUUAGCAAACUGUUUGAAAGGUGUGAAUGUUGUUGUCAUACCUGCUGGUGUUCCAAGAAAACCUGGGAUGACUCGUGAUGACCUCUUCAACAUCAAUGCCAACAUAGUAAAAACCUUGGUUGAGGCUGUUGCUGAAAACUGCCCUGAUGCCUUCAUCCAUAUUAUCAGUAAUCCAGUUAAUUCUACUGUGCCAAUUGCUGCGGAAGUUCUGAAACAGAAAGGUGUUUAUGAUCCAAAGAAGCUAUUUGGCGUUACCACACUGGAUGUUGUGAGGGCAAACACAUUUGUUGCUCAAAAGAAAAAUCUUAAGCUUAUUGAUGUUGAUGUUCCAGUUAUCGGAGGACAUGCCGGGAUAACUAUUUUACCCCUUCUGUCAAAGACAAAACCCUCUGUCAGUUUUACCGAUGAAGAAGUGGAAGAGCUAACUGUUAGGAUCCAGAAUGCUGGAACUGAAGUUGUGGAGGCAAAGGCUGGUGCAGGAUCUGCUACACUUUCAAUGGCAUAUGCAGCAGCAAGAUUUGUUGAGUCUUCUCUUCGUGCACUGGAUGGAGAUGGGGACGUCUAUGAGUGUGCUUAUGUGGAAUCAAAUCUGACUGAGCUUCCAUUAUUUGCAUCAAGGGUUAAGCUUGGAAGGAAAGGUGUUGAAGCUUUGAUUUCAUCUGAUCUCCAAGGAUUGACCGAGUAUGAACAGAAGGCUCUGGAUGCUCUCAAGCCUGAAUUGAAGGGCAGCAUUGAGAAGGGAAUUGCUUUUGUGCAGAAGCAAGCGGUUACUGCUUAGGAUUAAAGUAUUGAAGCUCUAACCAUAUUAAAAUACAAUGCUUAAGAGAAGAAUUGAUGAGUCUGGUUAUUUUUGUUGUGGAUUUAUCGUGUCUCGGUAGUUUCAUUUUUGUAGAAUGGGAAGAUUUUCAUUUCUUCGUGCAAAAUCUUGAAGCAAAAACAUGAAAGUUUAGAGUGGGUAUGUUGCUGUUGUAGAUUCGAAGAAUGUAAGCAUAAGCAUUUUUCAUCGAAGCGUUGUAGUACUUGAGAAUUUUGAAUAAUGCGGCAGGUGAGCUAUAUUUCUUAAAUACUCUUGGCUUAUGGUAGGCAAGUUUUGAGAAUUUUUAA